UUAAUAAUAUGCAACUAUUUUCUUUUACGUUAAAUGAUUCAAUCUCUGGUACACCUGCAACGGCGCAGAGACAUCGAUACAUCUGUGGUUGCUAGGUCUCUUGCUAUUCAAGAAGGCGAAAAUGGCGGCUUGUAGAAUGCGUGUUAUUGCGAGGGCAUUUUCUACUUCACCUGGUCAGCAGCAAUUAGUAAAACCUCCUAUUCAAGUGUUUGGAAUUGAAGGACGAUAUGCUACUGCCCUCUUUUCUGCUGCCAGCAAGCAGAAUCAGCUAGAUACCGUGGAAAAAGAACUUGUUAAAUUUAAGGGCACAUUGAAAACGGAUGUGAAGCUGCGUGAAUUUAUUGAGAACCCCACAUUGAAGCGCCAGCUGAAGGUUGAAGGUUUGAAACAAGUGUCUUCUAAAUUUCCUUUGUCUUCUCAGUCUACAAAUCUGUUGCUGCUGCUUGCUGAAAAUGGCCGCCUCAAGAGUUUGGAUGGAAUCAUCGGUGCUUAUCAAACCAUAAUGGCAGCCCAUCGUGGUGAAGUGCCGUGUGAAGUAAUCACGGCUAAGCCGCUAGAUGAUGCUUUAAAAACUGAACUGGAGGCUGCAUUAAAAUCUUUCUUGAAACAGGGACAGAAAUUACAAUUGAAUGUCAAAGUAGAUCCAACAAUCAUUGGAGGAAUGAUUGUCAGCAUUGGUGAUAAAUAUGUAGACAUGAGCAUUGCUACCAAGAUUAAGAAGUAUACAGAUGUAAUUACAGCAGUUGUUUAGUUGACCCGCAACAGAAAGUUGUGUUUUAUGUAACUUUAUGUACAAAUGGAUAUUUAAUAGUAGUUAUUUACAUGCCAAAAUGUGUUAAGUGAAGUUCUGGUAUGAAAUAAAAUUUAUCUAACAUGUU